AUGGAAACGAAUGACUUUAAAGCUCCGUUGACGGAAGAAAAGGACGUGAAAGAUACGGUGAAGGAUGUUAUUGCGCCGGUAAUAUCCAUAACUCAACCUAAUUUGGAAUAUGUUCCACCGCCAUUUGCUGUUGAGCCAUCGAAUGACAUUCACUAUGGCUUUGAAAUUAUCAAAAAUGGUACUAUAAUUGAUAGGAUAAAUUUCGAGAAACGAAAAGCUGGAACGUUUGUAGUCAUCGGUCGCUUACCAUCGUGUGACAUACAAUUGGAGCAUCCGACUAUUUCAAGGUAUCAUUGUAUACUUCAAUAUGGCGAUGAUUUAAUGAAUCGAACUGGUAAAGGAUGGCAUAUUUAUGAUUUGGGUAGCACGCAUGGUACUAGACUAAAUAAAAAGAGAAUUCCACCAAAACAGUUCAUCAGAAUACGUGUCGGACACGUAAUGCAGUUUGGAGGAAGUAGCAGAAUUUUGAUUUUAUUUGGUCCAAACUCGGAUACUGAGGAGGAAUGGGAAUAUUCUCCAACUGAAAUGAGGCGAUUAAUUGAGCAGAAGAAACUUUAUGAUAAAAUACAAAGAGAGAAGGAGGAGGCAUCAAAAAGCGAGAAAGAGAGUGAUGGCAUUAUGUGGGGAAUAG